AUGCGAGCUUUAACUUUGGUCUUUCUCGCACUUCUGUGCGCUGCGCUACUCCAGACGAGUGAGGGUAAGUGGUUCAGAAGGAAGGAUACCAAAAAUAAAGAGCAUCAACAGCACAAGGGCUCCAAGUAUCCUGAUUUUUAUGCUGACUACAAGAAACCUGAAGAUAAAGAGCACCACAGCGCGCCGAAGGAACACCACCAAAGCCUGACGAAGGAUCAUCAGCCCAGCCCGACGAAGAAUCAUCAGCACAGCCUGCCAAAGGAUCAGCACCAAAAGCCCACGGUCUAUAGAUAUAACUAUCCCGAAGCUCGCAAUGACGGCAGAGAUGUUGAACGACGAAUCGCUUACCAGCACACCAGCAAACGCAGGCGAUAUACCUAA